UGCUCUCAGGUGACGCACAAAUCCUGAUUCUGGCGACCAAGGCACGUCUGAAAUGCGGAUAGCCUGUCUGUCGUCUCGUCCUCUCGGCAAUGCGCAAUUUAGGAGUCGCUUUUCGCGCGAGCACCUUCCGCGCAAGCACCAUGCGCUCUCCUCAGUUGCCUUCCGCAGCCGGCGGUAGUCAGCGCAAUUCGGCUUCGGUAGCGGGAAUGGCGACGAUUAACGCGACGGCUAGUGUCGCAGGGCGGUCGCAUGGCAGAAGUGUGCUUCAGCCUGGACGGUUUCCGACUCAACAAGAGCUUCUUCGCUUCCCAGAUAA